AUGGUAACUACUGAUGAUAAUGAUCCUUUAAGGAACUACUCUGAGAAAAUAUUGGAGGAUACCGAUCAUGACAUCGAAAUUGAUGAGUUAUAUCAAGGUUUAAAUAAAUUCAUUCUGCUAAUUGGUGAUAAAAGGUACCUGAAGGAAGCUGGUUCUACUAAACAUAUUGCAAAUUUCCUACGUUUGAAUUUUCUUUCAUAUCUACGUAAGGAAACUUCAUAUAAAUUAGUAAGGCAUAAAGAAGAUGUAAGGAUUAUUUUAACUCAAUGGUGGGUAACUUUAUUGAACUUUUUGAAUAGUGAUGCUGAUGAAUGCUCAAUGGAAGUCUUAAUUUACUCUUCUGAUAUCGAUGUUUUAUCGGUAUGUUUAGAAUGUAUUAGCAAAAUUUUGUCAAAGACAUUACUGACGCUUUCAAAUGCUGUUGAUAAUUUGGAAACAUUCUCUCACCAUAUUUUGAUUACAUUGCAUUACAUGACAAAUAGACUAAUUCUAUCUUCAAGACUUCUACGCGACCCAUCAGCUCAUCUCAGUAAGCGUAUAGCAUUCCUUCAGAAAUACAAUUCACUUUUAAGAUCGUUUUUAGGAAAAUUGAAUGCAUACGCAUUCUUUUUCCUGCCAGAUUCAUUAAAUUUUGAUAUACAAUUAUUAAUGGAACUCCAGCCAAAUAUUAGUUUAGAAGAUCAUAAAACUGCAUUCUCAUGGAAAAAAAGGAAAUUCUUCAUCACUGAUGAAGGCAAAACAUCGAUGGAUCCAAAAAGUAUCGAAACUGAAGAUACACAGUUUUUCAAAAUUAUUAUUUCAUAUUUAAAACAAGAUAUGAUAUUUACCUCAUUUUAUUGGCAUUAUUGGUACAUAAUUAUGACACUUACCUCUUCAACAGAUGAAUUACAGAAUACAUUAAAAAAAUCAGAUGAAAUUCCUGGCCUUGCAAUUUUAUUAAAAUACGUCACAUGGAAUUUUUUAAGUUCAGACUUGCAUAGAUUGAGAUCUUUUAAUAGUUCAAAGCUUAAACAAAAUAAAGAUGCAAAUUCAACUGCCAGUUCAAUUAUAGAAGCAAAUGAAUCUAUGCCAGAUUCUGAUAUGGAUCUAGAUGUUCAAUCUGUGCAAAGAAGCAAAAAUAGUAAGAUAAGAAAAGUAUCUGAUCAAGAAUACAAUAAUUUCAUAAUAUGCAAUUUCAGAAGUUUUAAAUUGUGGGAAUGUCUUAGAAGCUUAUCAUAUGAUUUCGGCUUACACAUAUCGCCAAUUCUAGGUUUACACGAUGGUUCACUUUUAUCAUUCAUCUCUACAAUUCCUGCAUAUGAUUCAUUUGCGAGUAAUAUUGUAUAUAACAAGCUAUUCCAGUUUAUUUUAUUUCAGUUUGACUCAAUAUUUACAGACCAAUUUAUUAAUUGGAGAUUCUGGUGCCGUGGUAUACUAAUGAUGUUGAAAACAUUCUCCAUCAAGUCAGAAAUUAUUGGGCUUACUAGUCUAUUUAAUAUCUGGAAGUACAUUCCUAAUUCUUAUUUGAGAUCCUUAGAAGAAAAUUUGAUAUAUAACUAUUGGGACCUAUUAAUCGAUAAAAGUAGUGAUAAUCUAACCAAAAUACUAUUUGUCAGAUUAAUAGUUUUUAAAAUAUUACAGACUGAUAACAACAGUUUGAAAAUGAAUUUAAAGAAGAAACUUUACGCAAUAGAUAAAGAGGCCAGUUCUUUCGCUGAAAGUAAUUCUGACUUUGUAUAUGAAUCGGAUAGUUCGAUACUUUCCUUUAAUGGUAAUAGGAUAUUUUCAAUAACUGCAAAUAAACAAUUAUCAGAGGGUGAUAUAUUACUCAGAAAAAAAAAGCUGGCAGAAGUUACGAAAGGAAAGAAGUCACCAAUUAUUUUCUCCUCAAUUAUUGAUAUUGCAACAUCGAGAGUAUCUGUAGUCUUAAAAAAUGGAAAGUAUCCAUAUGAUGUCAUUGACGAACUCUCAACUCGAGCUACGCUUUUGGACUUGACUCAAAACAUACAAAAAAUAAACAACACAGUUAUUCCAAUUCAAAAAACAUCUACAAGGUUCAAAUAA